GCGGGCGCGCGCGGGGCGCGGGGCCGCGGUUUAAAGGGGCCGCUGUGCGGGGACCCCGGAACCCCCCGAGCUCCCUAAGGGACCCCUCGACCCCGGCACCGCCAGAGCCCCGGGACCCCCCGUCCCCGCCAUGGUCUGCGGAGGCUUCGCCUGUUCGCGCAACGCGCUCUGCGCCCUCAACGUGGUUUAUGUGCUGGUGGGGGUGCUGCUGGUGGCCGUGGCGGGCUGGGCACGGAGCCUGGGCAUGGGCUCCAGCCCCCCCCUGCUCGGCGGAGCCUUCGCCGUCGGUGUCUUCCUCCUGCUGAUCGCGGGGCUGGGGCUGCUCGGGGCCCUGCGGCACCACCAGGUCCUGCUCUUCUUUUACGUGCUGAUCCUGGGCCUGGUGUUCCUGUGUCAGCUCGGCGUGUCCUGUGCCUGCCUUGCUCUGGGCCGGGAGGCUCAGGAGCGGCUGCUGCACUCGGCCUGGCCCCUGCUGAGCGGGGGGGCACGGGGGGAACUGCAGCGCAGGCUGGGCUGUUGUGGUUUGGGGGAGCCCCCCGGGACCCCCCCUCCUGCCAGCCCCCCACCACUGAGCCCCCCCGGGCUGAAGCCCCCCUGGGAGCCCCUGAAUUGCCCCGCUAGGUGCCAGUUCCCCCCGGGGGAAGUCCCCACGUGCCCCCCCUGUGCCCCACAACUGCUGCAGCACUCGGACCAGGCCCUCAAGAUUUUGGGGGGGGUCGGGCUCUUCUUCAGCUUCACUGAGGUUUUGGGGGUCUGGCUCGCCCUCCGCUUCCGGAACCAACGGGACCCCCGCGCCAACCCCGGUGCCUUCCUAUAG